AUGCUUUCUCACACCGUUCUUCUCGCUCUCGUUGCCGCCGUCGGCGCUGUCCCCCUUAACAUCAACUUGGGAGCUUACUCGCCUGCCCUGGUAGUCGGUGAUGGUGAAAUAUCACUGGGAGCGGCGGGUGCUGCAGGUGCGUCAGAAUUGAUGGCGACUCUCGCCCAGGGUGCUCAGCAAGGCGCAGCAGGUGAAGCCGCACAACAAGGUCAGCAAGCAAACCAGCAGGGUGAAGCCGCGCAGCAAGAACAGCAGCAAGGCGAAGCCCAGCCGGCCGAGCAACAAGAACAACCAGCUGAGGGCGAAGCAGCGAAGCGAGGCAACCUCGUCCGUGACAUCAACAAGAUCCUCAAGCGCGAAGCCGCCCCCGAGCCGGCUGAGGUCGCCCACAUCGAUGCUGUUGCCGCCGCCGUCCAGUGGAUCAAGCGAGACAUCAACUCUUUCAACUCCGCUCUGAGCUACGCCGAGAGGGCUCAACAGAACCAGCCCAAGAUUGAGCUCGGUACUGGCGAGGAAGGUUCUGGUGUUGGUAUUACUGUCAACGCUGGUCUCAACGUUCCUGCCAACUCUGCUGCCAACGGUGCUGCCGCCCCCGGCGGCGAGCGGGCCCGCAAGGCUAAGCGCUCCGAGGUCGUCGAGGAUGAUGAAGCGCCCAAGAUGACCCUUGUGGCCAUCACCGAAGUCUGA